AUGAGAACCAUUGAGGAGACACGAAAGAGAUGGGACAUCUUGUUCUCCGACAAUGACACGCCCUCCCACCUCCGAGCGACCUUGCGAUCCGAACAGGGAGGGAACCUAUGCAAUGAUGGGCUGAGAUCGGUUUGCUGGAAGGCAUUUCUGCUUUUCGACGGUCUGGAUCAAAAUGAAUGGGCAGCCAAGCUCGACGAAUCCCGCGACGCCUAUCGUGCACUCCGAGACCACUUUUUGAAAUACAUUGAACACCCGGACGAUAUAGACCCAAGUGUUGAUCCGCUGGCGGAUGAUGCAGAGUCUCCUUGGCAAACACUUCGGAACGAUGAGACGCUGCGCGCCGAAAUUCUACAAGACGUCGAUCGAUGCCUGCAAGAGAACUUCUUCUUCCAAGAGCCAGCCACGAAAUCCAAGUUGACCGAUGUGUUAUUCGUUUACUCCAAGCUCAAUCCGGACGUGGGAUAUAGACAGGGCAUGCAUGAGCUGCUCGCACCCAUACUUUGGGCAGUGGACCGGGACUCAGUGAAGCCACAUUCUGGAGAACCUGAAUUAAACGACGACAGAAACGAGGAAUUGAUGCUUCAGCUUCUUGAUCCUCAAUUCGUGGAGCAUGAUUCUUUCACGUUAUUCCUUUCUGCCAUGCAGACAGCUCGCAUCUACUAUGAGCACAGUGAGACACGAUCUGCAAAUGGCCAGGCAGAGGUGAUUCCAAUAGUCGAUCGGUGCCAAUAUCUCCACAAAGAGGCAUUGAUGAUUAUUGACCACGAACUCGCGGAACACCUGGAAGCAGUCGAUGUCCUACCACAAAUUUUCCUGACCCGCUGGAUGCGCCUUCUGUUUGGACGGGAAUUUCCAUUUGAUGAUGUCCUGCUGAUGUGGGACCUCCUGUUUGCUCAUGGACUACGGUCUGAUCUUGUUGAUUUCACAUGCAUAUCUAUGCUACUUAGAAUUCGCUGGCAAUUGCUCGAGGCAGACUAUUCGACUGCAUUAACAUUAUUACUCCGCUACCCUUCACCUCAGCCACAUGAACCCCAGACCUUUGUGUACGACGCCUUGUAUUUGGAACAAAACCCUACAGCCGAGCGGGGCAAUUUCAUCAUUUCAAAGUACUCGGGUAGACCACCCGAGUCAAAGAGUCGCAGCCAAUCCGGUACACGACGGAAGGCCUUUCCAUGGGAAGACUUCAAGAGACGCAAUGAAAGCAGCUCGCCUGCUCAUUCCCCCGCACGAAACAACGCUAAAAGUCUCGAAUCCAUUUUCCAGGAUGUUUCACAGGGCUUUCAACGCCGAACAGAGUCUUGGGGUGUGGCCAAGGCCGUUCGAGGUGCUGUGACUGAAGCAAGGAAAAACAUGCAGACAAUGAAUUACGAACCAAAUUUGCGCGCUGCUUCUUCAAGGCAUGUUACAGCUGCGUCGGCUUCCGAGGCUCAGCCAACAGUCCCCACAAUACCCGCGGCCACAGUCGCGCUGGAAUCGAAGAUUGAUAGUCUCGAAGAAAGGAACAAAGCCUUGGCAACUACCCUACGCGAGGCACUGAAUGAUCUCCAAUCGCAGUUGGCCAAUGUCAAGGACAUCGACUCCGGAACAAACGAAUCCGUGAAGCAAGCUCUGGCGAAAGCUGAGAGCGUCCAUAUUUGCCUUCAAGAUCCUUCUGUCCCAGUAGAGUCUACCGAGCAACCGCCUCGUGUAGAAGGUAAAGCAAACUGCCAGAGUGGGCUUCAAAAGACAACCGAACCAACAAUUGGCGAAACAAAGCACGAUUUCGAAACCCAGGGUCUAUCGCGAACGCCAACUUCCGCUAACACGAAUACGAACGGGCCGACUGCCGAGAGUGGAACCUCCAAGCCUGUUCGCGUCGCCAGGGCAAAUCGGAUGAGCACUGACAAGCAAGCCGAAGCUGUGCGGGCAACAGCCUCGCGGUCAAAUGUGCGCCCGUCCCUGACAGAUGCAGGGUUCUCAUGGAUGCUUGAUGGCGGCCGGAACCUAUCGGGGUUCGUUAGCUCCACGUCGCCGCCGCCGGAGCAGACCCGGCAGCAGGACCAAGCCCAAGCCCGCAGACCCAGCACCUUGUUCGGAUCUGGCGGAGAUGAAAAUUCAGGGACAGAUGCCGAGCAUAGUGAAUUGGCACUACACAGCCUUCGGGGCUCUCGGGAUCCUCUGUCAGGGGAUGGGCCAUUGUGA